CGCACAGCGUCGACCCCGCCACCGCUAUCGCGAUGGCAUACACAGCAGCCGUAGCUGAACUUGUCAGCCCGCCGAGGAGCAUUACGGUUGCCCAGGUCAGCGACAGCAGCAGCAGUUGGAAACCGCUACUUCUUAACCUAACCCCCCCUUCCCGCCAGCAGUGCCCACGCAACGAAACCGCUCCGGAAGCUGUGCAGCAAGCAGGUGGGCUCGCUCUCCUCCUUCUAGCAUGGCUGGUGGUCAUGCAGACCACUACAUGGGACUCGACGAUGGAGAGCAUCAGCAGCAGCAGCAGCAUCCUUGGGAGUUUAUCUACGUCAAGCCAGAUGAUGAGAUUAGCACGUGGCUCAAGUGCGCAAUCUGCCUGAACGUAUUUGUCGAGCCGUACAUCGCAACACUGUGCCAGCAUACCUUCUGCAAGCUCUGCAUCCUCAAAGCGUUCGAGGCUCGCGCAGAAUCCGCCAUCGAGUCUCCCACGUUCCAGCAUCAGAACACGCCCAGCGCGGACGGCCUCGACCCGCUCCAAGAUGGUUGGCUUUGGCGCGAGCAGCAAACGCAUCAAGCUGCAGAGCUGGGUGUCUCCAUAGCAGCAGCCUCCGCCUUCCAACGUGAACCUCACACCGCGCGGCGAAUACGACGGCGCAGCGCCUCCCUCCCUUCCUCGUCCUCGUCACUCACUUCUCCCCACGAAAACCUCCCGCGGUCAGUACAGCCUUCAGCGUCAACACCGACCUCAUCCAGCGCGCCGUGCCCCAACUGCCGUGCGCCGCUGCACCUCGACGACGUCGUGCCGGCUACGGCGUUGGUGCAGCAGCUCGUCGACAGCCUUGCUGUGUACUGCGUCCAUCGCGAGCGCGGAUGCACGCAUAGCUGCGAGCGAUCGCUGCUGCCGGCGCAUGUGCGCAAGGGUUGUGGAUAUGCGUACGUCGGCGAGUACGACGAUGCCGAGGAGCCCGAGCACGCGCGCGAGGCGCGUCCGCGGCAAAGAGGCUGCAUGUGCGGCGCGACAACUAUCCUGCGCAAGGACUGGGCCGCGCACAAGGGAAGCGCCGCGUGCACUGUGCGCUGGCACGCCUGCGCCCUCUGCGGCGAGCACAAGCGCCUCGGCGCCGAGAUGGACGCGCACAUCCUGCACGCGUGUCCGCAGGCGCGCAUCGCGUGCCGCUUCUGCCGUACGGCAACGUGCGUGCCGCGCGCGCAAAUGCGCAGCCACAUCCUGCACUCGUGCCCCGAUGUGCGCGUCGCGUGCAAGCUCAGCAGGUUCGGCUGCAUGUGGCAAGGCAAGCGUCGCAAUUGCAGCGACGGCAUCCUCCUCGAGGAAGAGGGGCCACAUUGGACGGAACCGGCUGUCGAUAGCAGCAGUGGACAGGAGGAUCCAGACGUUCUCGUCGAAUUUGUUGCGAUCCUAGCAGGUGGGGACGAUCACGAACAAUCACAACAGCACAUCUGUCCUCUGUUACCCCUAGAGCCGUUCCUCCACGUGUAUGCGCAUGAUAUCGACACGCUGACGCACGAGAACAGCGCGCUGCGUGCAUCGGUCGACCGCAUGCAGUGCAGCAUGAAGGAGAUGCUCAGCGCGCUUGAUCGGUGCAUGGACGGUCUCGGCCCCUUCUUGCCGGAGGAGGACGAGGGUGCGAAUGCGGUGCGCUACGAUUAUCCAGGCGCAGACUAUGCGGCUUUGCUGAACGUGCGUGCACCGUUGUCGCCCCACAUGCCAAGGCCGACGCCUAGCGGCGCUUUGCCUAGCCCCCCCUCCGACGGGGGCGAUGUCUCGCGGAACAGCGCCCGCUCGCAUGUUACAGCAGGCCGCACAUCACGUUCAUUGUCAUCUGCUGCUUCUUCCUCUGCCGCUUCGACUGCAAAGCCUGUGCGCUCCCAGUCGUUCCCGUCGGCAAGCACGAUGGCAAGCCUGAGAGCUACUCGUCUCGCCACUGCCGAUGGCUGGCCGCAGGCAGCACGCAAUAGUCAAGGUGCGCACAGGCCUCGCUCAGCGACGCCACACACGCACACAUCACCAACAAUACUCUCACCAGCACCUGCUUCAGCACCGGCCGAAGCAUCUCACACCUUCCGGGGUCCCGUCCACUAUGCCCAUGCAAGUGCGACCAGGAACACGAACCUGACGACCGAAUUCGCAUCAAUGCGCUCGGCGUUGGACGAUAUUGCGCUGCGGCUGCGGACCGUCGAAUCGCGCACGGAUGAAAGCCAGAUGACCGCCAUCAGCGCCGGCUUUGACGCCGGGCGCGUCAGAGAGGAGAUGCAGAGUCUCCGACACGUCGUUGGUGCUAUUCGGAUGCAAAUGCACCAAUUGCUUAUGCAGAUGCAAAGACCACGUGGACCAUCUACUACCGUUUGUACAUCGUCGUCUGCGGCGAUUGCCGAGCAAGAGCAGCAACAACAGCCAGCGAUAGCAACACAGGCACAAACCGACCAUGGUACCAUCGGAACCAUUGCCGGCAUGAGCUUUGGGCCUGGAAUGGGAAUGGGAAUCGGAUCAGUACCGCUAUCCAUGUCGAUUCCUCAACCCCACGCACCGCCUUUCAUGCGCCGCUGGACCAUCUUCGAAGGGACCAAAUUGUAGCACAUCACUCUGCGAAAUUCAAAUUGGUGAUUCUGCUUGCACUUCCUUGCUGUAAUGCGCGACGCAACGAGCAACCAUACAAAGGCAAGCAAGAUUGCGAGCAUGUCGGGUGAUGGGCGGUCGAGGUGCAUGUCUUCGGAACGUGACCAACAGGGAGAUCCAUGCAGCUCGAUGUGUUCGACAAAUCGUGCAGUCAGGCAUACAAGGACCGAUCGACGGUGGACGUGCGUAAUCGUGUACUUGCGCAACCUUCCAGUGCCCCCAGAGCUGUGCUCCGAAGCCAGUGGGAGCAAAUCCAAUAGGUUUUCCAUUUUAUUAACAAAGUAUUACUAAAUCAAUCCAGC